CAACUAAAAAAAAUAUGACGACCUCCUUUAGUCAUAUAAUAAAAAACUAGCCUAAAUACGUACCACUCCAUUAGAAGAAAGACCAUAGAAUGGUUUGUACACCCCAUCAAAUAGUAAAUUAUUCACUCCAAACAAUAAUGUACUUAAUAAUGAUUAAUUUUCUAACGAAUCCUUCGGAAUAACCCCAAAAAAGAUUGAUUUUUUAGAAUAAGAAUAAUAAAUACCAAAUACCACUUCUCAUUAAAAAAUAUAAAAUUCAACAUGCAUAUAAAUAUCUAAAAAGUACGAAAACAUGCCUUCAUUAUCAAGUUUAAACAAUAGUGUAUUUGAAAUAGAUGAAGAAAAAAAGCAAGAAUAAAAAACUAAAUAAUAAAAUUAUAAUAAUAUAGAAGAAAUGGAAAAAACAAUAUUAACAGAAGACUUAUAAAUAAAAAAAUUAAGUAAAAACCAAAAAUUAAUAAUAGAAUAAUUCUAUUUAAACUAAAAUAAUAUAAUAAGCUAUAUGCCAAAUUAAAGCGGAAAAACAACUCUUUAUUAAAUCAUGGCUUUAAUUUCUUAAAAAAAUACAUAAUUUUCAUUACUAAUGGUAAUAACAAAUAAUACUUAUUCCCAUAAAAAUAUAAAUUCUAAUGUAAGCUGGGCAUAUCUAAAUAAAUAAAUUGAUGAUGAAAAUAUGAAAACAAUACUUGAAUAUUUAAAUGAAUUUAAAAUUAGACUUUUAUUAAUUAAUUGGGAUUUUGUUUAUGAUGAAAAGCUUUAUUUUUUAAAAAAUAUUGUUGAUAAAAUUAUCAUUGAAGAUCCAAAAAAUGAAAGAUAAUAUUAACAAUUAAAAAAAGCCUUCCCAAAAGUCACAAAAUGGGCAAUAUUGUAUACUCAAACAGUAAAAACUUAAAAAGAAAUGUCAGAAUUAGCCUAAAAAUGUGCAUUAAAAUAAAUUGAGAGCCCCUAAAAAAGCCUCAAAGCAAUCGAUUUUGGAAAAAUAUACUGGAUAUAGACCUAAAAAUAGGAAAAAGAGAAAAACCUAUUUAACUUUUUACAUAAAAACCAACUAAAAAAAGUCAUCCUUUUCCUCCCUUAAACAGAGAAAAAACAAUUGGAAAACACUCAUUCUUAUUUUGCACAAAAAGGGUUGAAAUUCUAGUAUUUUUAGCCAAAAAACAUCCUAUAAUAGACCUAAUAAUUUUAAAAAGAAAACUUCGAUAUUUUAACAGUUUUCUCAGGAACAACUUUGCCUUCUAAAAUAAAAGAAAUUUGUCAAUAUUAUAUUCAUUUUUCACUCCCUUUAAAUAUAAAAGACUAUCUUUCAGAUUUGAAUGGAUUCUAGAGAUUUUUUUUUUAAGAAAAUUAGGUUUUUUAUCAAAAACUAGCAUGUGGUUUUUUAGUUGAAAACGAGUUUUUUUUAUAAAGGAGAAAUUUAAUUUCAUCUUUUAUAACCGAAAACGAAUUCUUAAUAUUCCAAAAGGCCUCUGA